AUGCUGGUUAUAGACAUGUCAGACUUGAGUUGGACUCCGCUUGUGCGGUACAGCUGCUACGGAGUCCGGACUCAUCGGAGCAUCACCAUGCAGCCAUCAUUGAUAGAGCUAUUGAGCUGCUUCAGAGACAGUGGGAGGUUGAAAUUGCCCACAUUUACAGAGAAGGCAAUAAGAGUGCCGACUAUCUUGCUAGUAGAGGCCACCAUGUACCUUUGGGUGUUCAUUUGUUUCCGGUCACAGACCCUAUCCUGUAUAACUGGAUCUUGUAUGAUGUUCAGGGGAUCUCCGAACCCUGGGUGA